UAGGCACCCAACAUCAGUUUCUGUUGGGACGUUGUUGAUUAAAAACGUGUACUAUUAAUCUCGUUCUCGUUUUUCACAUUCAACGGAAAAUUUGAAAAUAUAUUUAUAAGAAAUUCGAACUGACGAAAGGCGUACUACUGCCAGCUGAUUUGAAUAUAAAUUCAAAUAUCGGUGCCUUUUGCGUUUUAAAAUUGUCUAAACGCAUUUUAGAUACGUGAAACUUUCAAGUGAAAUCUAGUGCGUUAGAUUUUUUUUGGGCGAUAGUUUUCGGAAUAGUUUUUGGUGAAAAUCAGUUUUCGCUCUACGAAUUUUAUUUCGACUCAGUGGAUUUUGGAACAAGGGAAAUCUGAACACUUUCAAAAUGGUCAAAUACGGAUUGGUUUUACUCGCUGUUUUGGCAGUUGUUUCAAUGCAUGAAGUUGAUGCUUUAAGAUGCUGGAGAUGUUCCAGUGACGCAACUGGAGGCAACUUCUGUAACGAUCCUUUCCAAGGACGAGACUACACCCAGAACCCAUCGUACCAGAGUGCCCUCGUUGAAUGCUCGUACCCAGUUGGUGGACCAAGUGCCUUUGGACCAAAUGCACAACCUGCUUGCAAAAAGACAAUUCAAAAAGUAAACGACAAGACCGUUGUAUCGCGCUCCUGCACAUGGAUCGACUCCAAUGACACCCCAAAGAAAUGCAUGACUUCACCACCAAAUCCAUCAUACGUUGAAACUCUCUUCUGCGAAACAUGUUUGACCGACGAGUGCAACGGUGCCGCCCAGUAUGGACCAAUGGCUGCUCUCAUUCUCAUCCCUGUUGCCAUCGCUCGAUUACUUACCGCAUAAACAAUUCUAAUGUUACUUUUAAUUUAUUUUUAUAAUUCCUGAAAGGCAACCGCAACAAUUCGAACACAUUUGUGUCUGUCAAUAAUUUGGAAAUUCAAUAGAAUGAGGAAACACCACACGAAAAACAAAAGAUAGAAGUGGAAAUUAAAGAUGUUUUACAUUAUAAAGUUUGAUAUUAGUUUCUAAGUGAAUUUGUUGGUAACAACUUUGUUUGUAACUGUAAUGUAAAAUGCAGAAGAAAGUUUAAAUUAGAGUUAAAGUUUACGAAGGAUAACAACUUUGAAGUUUUGAUGCAUAUUGAAAAUACAACAUAAUUGUAAUGAUUAAUGUACCUUUUUAAUUUUAAUAAUAAAGAUACCAUUCAGUAAUAAUUUAACAAUAGGAUAA